CGAAAGCUUCACAAUGCUCACUUAUUACUUUACAACGUUUGUUUUAUUUUUUUGUGUUGCGGAGUGCGUUAUAGAUGACUAUCGGUUUGUGUCUGAAAUUGAUGGUUAUCUCAAGCUCCAUCGCGUCCCAGAAAAGUGGCAAGAUGCCCGUUCAAGAUGUUAUUUGGAAGGUGGUGUUCUAGCCUCACCAACAGACGUAAACAUAAUAACUGCUAUGAAAGAGAUGAUAAAUAAGGAUAACCGACAAGAAGGCCCAGAGAAUGUUUACACUGGAAUCCAUGCGACAUAUACUAAAGGGUACUAUACGACUAUUACAGGGGUCCCUCUCUCACAGAUUGAUAUUCUAUGGGAACGUGGUCAACCAACUAGCCAUGCUGUUGGCAUUUAUUAUGACCACAUAAGUACUCGUAACUGUCUUGUCAUGAAUCAAUCUGGGGAAUUAGCUGUAGAAAAUUGCGAUACUGAUCACCCAUUCUUCUGUUUUAAGUCAACGAAGAAUAUUGACGCACAUAAAUGUGGCCCCGAGUAUAUUGACAGUGACUACCAGUUGGAUAACAGAACUAACAGUUGUUACAAGUUCCACAAAGAAGGCCGGUUGUGGCAAAACGCCUUCAAGACCUGUAUGUCAGAAGAUGCAUAUCUGGCUAUCAUUAACAGCGAAACUGAGUCCCAAGUCCUUAAAGAAUUAUUUACCAGAUAUCCCCGUGAUGAUAUUCCCGGCAACUUCCAUAAAGAUGCUGCCAGCAUUGGCUUCACUAAGUGGGUGGAAUUUGAAGAUUGGUUCACUGUUCAUGGCGAAUCGCUGGCUGAAGCCGGAUUUUCUACCUUUAAUUCUGGUGAACCCAACAAUGUAGAUCCACCGGAAGUUUGUGGAUCGGUUUGGAGAACUGGCCUGCUUAAUGAUCAUAACUGCAAUCGAUUCCUUGCUUUUAUCUGUGAAAAAACACCUUCGCAAAGCAAUGAUAAAAAACGUGAAUUUAAAUAA